GCUAGAGUGCACCGUCUCGCGCUCCAUCUGCACCUUCCCAUGCGUUACCUCAUCACUGGGAUUUGAACGAUAUAUUUAGUGAUGUUCAAGUGGUUUACCGGUGGUUUGUGAUGUGUAGUGACCCGGUGGUUUACCUGAAGGAGAGGUCGUAACUGGCCAUGGCGUGAACGCCAUAGGACUUCGCUGGAUAUCUUGAAAAAAUUAGAGAAACGAAAGAAUUAGCAACGAACCUCAGAACAACAUUUUAUAGCCUUGAUCCCUUAAGCACUAACUCGAUGACGGGAUUAUCUCUGAAAUAUUAUCUGGCCCUGAAACAUGUCCCUUCCACAUUAACUGCUUUGUGUGUUUGCAACACGAAAAUAUGGAAGUAAAAUAAGGCGAACGCUAGUUAACACUGGCGUAUCAAUAAGUAACUAAUAUCUUCACAACAUAGCCAAAUGGACCACGGGCUCGCGCCACCACCAGGUAGACUGCUGGCAUGAGGGGGCGUGAUUUGGAAUACUGAUGCAGACUGUUGGAUCAAAAUAUAGAUUUCUCAGGGGACAUUGGUGUGCACCCGGGGGUUGUCAUCAUGAGCGCCAUCCCUCUGCUGUUGCAGUUUCCACAGACGCCAACGUCACCAUCACCAUUGCACCACACUUCCUCCCGUACACCAACCAAUUUACACCAUUCUCGUACUGCCAAACUAAAUAACCGGAACUCUUUCCCACCUGAUCAAAGCCAAGAGUCUCGGUGGGCUGCCCUCCUUGCCAGGGCCGCUCCAACCAAGCCGUACGGUGCUUGUAGUCCUGCUCCUCUGCACAACCGCAUCAACACUGCCAGCCGCCAGCCAUCCCUAGUGACACAUCAGCUGUCACCUGUUAUUCACCAGCCACCUCCACGUCAGUUAUCAGGUGUCAAUCACCAGCCCCCUGUCACAACACGUUCUACACCAGUCGCAACCUACCAGCCUUCAUCAGACAUCCAUCAGCCUCGUCUAGUGUCCCAUAACACUUCAAAUUUUCGGCCACUGGUGCCUACUGCGUCCUUUAACCGAGCGCUCACUUCACCAACUGCUAUCAAACUAUUCAACCCGAGUCGACGGUUAAAUAAGUCACAGUCACAACUCAUCAUGCCGCGCAUGAAAUCGCUGUUUCGGACGGGGCAGGGAUCUCGUUCAGCCAAAGAAAAAAAGGAAACUCGAGAUCAGCUACCUCGGGACGGGUCUGUCAAGAGUUUGGCAAACUAUGAGGAUUCCACGUCGCCAGAACCACUUAUUCGAAAGUGCCACACAGUACUUGCGUUAUCCUCAACUUCUGGCAAUGCUGCGCAGACUCGUCUCGUAAAGGACAAGAAGAGCAGCAAAUUAGACCUCCUCAGACGCAUGUCACCAUCCAAAUCAGCUGUGUUUACAUCAAAUAAGAUGACAAUUGUCAAGUCUCCAUCCGCCAUGUCAGCCAUGUCUGAUCUACGGCGCUUAAGAAAGGACUCAAGCAUGUUGUUUCCUCAGAUGGAAUUAGAAGGAGAAGGUGGCGGGUGUUCUCGCUGCGCUUCCGCCGCCUCCAUGGCUUCUAGACGCUUCUCUACUCAGGACACAGUCUUUUGUAAGCUCUGCCUGUCAGAUAUCAACAUUAGAGAAAUGUAUCAGCUACAGCAGUGCCUCUGCCGAUUCUGCAAAUAUUGUAUGGCUGUUUACGUUACACUAAAGAUACGCGAGGGUGACUACAUCAUUGAGUGUCCUGAUGCAAACUGUGAUUGCAGCGGGGAACUCACGCUGGAAGAAAUGGAGAGUUUGGUGGGAAGUGAUCUUUAUCAACUUCACUUGAAAUUUAGAAAGAAUACAGAGAUAGAUUUGGACCCAGUCAGAGCGUGGUGUCCGAUGCCUGGGUGUGAGACUGUGGUUAAUCUCCCCAUUUCCAAGUUAGAGGGACCACAAUGUACAACGUGUUCAACUUGCACUGCAGUCUUCUGUGCUGCCUGCAGUGAGCCAUGGCACCCCAGUCAGCCUUGUCAUGCGGACACAGCAGAAUCACUGGCUGUACCAAAUGAUGACACAAUAAAGAGGUGCCCUUCCUGUAAGGUACCGAUAGAACGUGAUGCUGGGUGUGCGCAAAUGCUUUGCAAGAAGUGUAAACACGUCUUCUGUUGGUAUUGUUUGGCUUCCCUUGAUGAUGACUUCCUUCUGCGUCACUAUGAUAAGGGGCCUUGUAAGAAUAAGCUGGGUCACAGUCGUGCUUCAGUUUUAUGGCAUCGAGCUCAGGUUAUAGGCAUAUUUGCAGGCUUUGGUCUGCUUUUGGUAGUGGCGUCUCCUCUUCUUCUUUUUGUUGGACCAUGCCUGCUGUGCUGUAAAUGCAAACCCUGCUCCAAGCACGAAAUUGAGGAGGAUAGUUUAUAUGGCAUCUGAACAACUAUGAAGACUAGAAGUGGUGUUUAAAACCAAAGAAAAAUUUUUUUCUGGGGAUCCCAGUGAAGUCCUCUGAAGCCAAGAUAAUAAAGCUCAAAUGGUAUCAUUCAGUCACACAAUGAAGAAUCCUUGACUUGUGUACAGACUUACAUACAAUUAAUACAAAAUAAGGGAAGAAAUACAGUGGACUGGAAAUAGAAGAAAUUAAGUAUAGAAUAUUUGUGCUUUAAUAUCAUGAAAGAAACUGAUAAGGAUUUUUCAGUGACUAGGUGGAUGAACAUGGGUUCCAAGUGUCACAGUAAGAUAAUGCUGUUUUGUUUUCUAUAUAAAUAGAAAAUUAAGCUCCUAUUGUAUAUUAAGUCAGGUACUGUAUGAAGAAUAACUUCCAAAUUUCAUACAGGAAUAUCAAGUUGAGUGAUGAGGUGUAAUGUGCCUGAAGAAUAUGGAUCCAUGAGGUAUUGGAUAAUUUUCAAGCUGUGUGGGGUGUAUAUAUGAUAUGAGAAAUUUCUGAACAUUAUAGCAUACAUGACUGAUAAUUCUGUGAAUUGAUCAGUGCUCUUAAGGGUUGUUUUUCCUUGUGUUGAUUAUAAAGAUAUGAUAUUAAUGUCUUUAACAUGUAAUUUGAAUGACUUGUGUAUCAGCGGAUUGGGUACUUAAAAUGAAGUGUGCAGGGAUCUUUGUACUUGCAUUGCACACAAUAUUAAAUUACAGCUACACAAUCAAACAAAAAAUAUAACCCCUAUAUUGAAAAAAAAAGAAUCUGUUUUCGGAUUCUGAUAUAGAAUGUCUGCUUUAAAUUCUCUACUGAGGGUUGACAAAGCAGAUAGAUUGUUUAUAUCAACCCUAUCACAAGCUCUUCUGAACUCCGGUAAAAUUUGUGCACGAAAUAUUAUUCCUAUUGCUUAUUAGCUUCUAAAUGUGAGCUUUCGUGUAACUGAUGGCACUUCUUUAAAUUUAUAUAUUAUUUGGUAUAUUUUCUAAUACUUUUCUGUGGGAAAUGAGCCAGUAGGAAAUUUUUUCCCCAUGGUAUUCCUAUAUUAACGCACAAUACUGUAAAGUGAAAAAUUACUGUGAUGCUUUGUAGCCUAUAUCACUCUGGGUAUUAAACACAAGAGAACAGUGGUGUGGG